AGCUUUCCAAUUCCAGCCUCCUAGGUACCGUGUCUACUCGUCGUAACCAAAAAAAUGCUCUUACAAACGAAACUCUCUCCCUUUGAAUGGUGAAAUCUCUUUGUGAUUCGCGGGUCGAGUGAGGUAACAAAUCCAACAGGCGCAUGUUAACGGGAAAUCUUUAGGUGCUGGCUUCUAUUUGAACGUCGGGUCGGAAGAGAGUGGAAAGUGUGUUGUGUGCACAAAUUUGGAACUCUUGAAAUGUCCGGAAAGACUGCGACGGCUCCUACGACGUACUCGCCGUCUCCGACUCAGAAAAAGCGGCAACCCAUUUUCAAAGAUGUCGACUGGAUUCGUCCUGAUGGUCGAGGCUUUCAUCAGUGCAGGCCUGCAUUUUUGAGAACUGGUGCUGUGAAUGCUGCCGCAGGAUCUGCUUAUGCGGAGUUUGGAAAUACUAAGGUUAUUGUGUCCGUAUUUGGUCCAAGAGAAAGUAAGAAAGCAAUGAUGUACAGUGAUAUAGGCCGGCUGAAUUGCAAUGUCAGCUAUACAACUUUUGCUACUCCAGUUCGUGGACAGGGAUCAGAUCACAAAGAGUUUUCCUCAAUGCUUCAUAAAGCCUUGGAAGGGGCUAUAAUCCUUGAGAGUUUCCCAAAGACAACUGUAGAUGUUUUUGCAUUGGUUUUGGAAUCUGGUGGAAGUGAUCUUCCAGUUGUGAUAUCAUGUGCAAGUCUUGCCCUAGCUGAUGCAGGGAUAAUGAUGUAUGACUUGGUUACUUCUGUUUCUGUGUCUUGUCUCGGGGCAAAUCUUGUCAUAGAUCCUAUAUCAGAGGAGGAGAGCUACCAGGAUGGAAGCCUUUUGAUAACAUGUAUGCCUUCCCGUAAUGAGGUCACUCAGUUGACCCUCACUGGAGAAUGGUCCACACCGAAGAUUCAUGAGGCAGUGGAGCUGUGUCUUGACGCUUGCUCGAAACUUGGGGAUGUCAUGAGAUCGUGUUUAAAAGAAGCUGCUUCUGCAUCACAGGAAUAGAGAUAUAUGCUUGUCUUCACAUUUUUCUAAUUGGUUGUUUUUCUUGAGUAAACAGUCAGUUACAGAAAAUCUCUUAUUGAAAAAAAUUUCUUGUCAAGCUAAAUUGACCGGCCAAUUUUGAUUAUUUUAUUUAUUCAA